AUGCCAGGCCUACACAUGUCUGCAUAUGCCCAACCUGGCUCGAUGGCUUGGUCUGUUCCUCAAUAUUCAGCAGUGAUGGCGACACAGUCGAUGUUGGCUCCUGGACUCAAGUUCUUCAUCGAGCGAGACAACGGCUCUCUCGUCCCGCUUGUCCCUGUCGAUGAACUCCCAGACGAUGUACGCUUGGCCGGUGUGCCUCACCGUCUGAGUGCCUCGCAAACAAAGGACAUGCUAUUCCUCGGGCGUCAUUCAUCCGUCAGAGGAAGAUUCCCGCACGAAGGGUCCGUGAACGUCAAGGAGUCAGUCCCUCCUCCUUCAGUCACGAUGCAGUAUACAACUCAGUCUGGAGUGUCUUCUCACAACAGUCGCGUACUUCAACCGAUCAACACGCAACCUAUUGUCAUACCUGCUUCUACCCCUGGACCUGCAUCGACCGCCAAACCGCUCGCUUCACCUCAGCUGCAGCCGAGGCCUCUCUACAAUGAGCGCCCGCUUCCUCCCUCCGGUAUCGAGCCCGAUCAGAGAAAAAAAGUCUACUGCACUUACUGGAUCCAAAACCAAGGUCAAUGUGCCUACAAGCAGCAAGGUUGCAUGUACAGACACGAGAUGCCUGAAGACAAGGAGACACUCAACUCGAUUGGCUUGAAGUCUGUGCCUGCUUGGUGGCGCAAGGAGCAAGCUCGCAAGAAGCAGAAGUCAAAGCGUACUGACCGCAAUGGCUCGAGCUCCGAGUGGGAGGUCGUCGAACGCCAGCAAAACGACAACUCUGCUCUCCAUCGCGACGACCCUGUUCGUGUCCGUGUUCCACCUCCGCGACCUACCAGUAGCCAGCCCACCAAGCAAGCUGCGCAAAAGCCUCGCUCCGAGCCAGCUUUACAGAAGGUUGCCACCACUACUGUUGUUUCUUCUGGCGUUGCUACAACCUCCACCUCACAUCUUGAGGCAUCUCCUCCCGGUGGCGUCCAGCUAGGUGCCGCGAAGACUCCUAUUCGUGGUCCUCCAUACUUUUCCUUCAAGAAGCAAACCCUGGAGUCGCCCAUCGAAGAAGAUCUUAUCGACUUUGACGUUCUUGUACCGUCAUCGUCACCGGACACUUCGUAUUCGAGUGUUGAGUCGCCAGCUGAUCAGCGUACGAAAGGCGAGGCGUCCAGAGUCUUGAGAAUUGUUGCUAACGGCGGUUUUUCCGUCUCUCCGGGCAAUGCCGCCAGUCGUCGCUCUAGCAAUGGUAAUCGCAACAGACGUGGCUCUGCAGACAAGAAGGACGGCAACGUGACGCCUCCAAGACAGUCCAAUAGCAUGAUGAAGGGCAAGACUGAGAGGGGCAGAGAGAGGGUUGAGCAUGGCAAUGGUGUGUCAAGAAGAGGCAGGAUCAAGGCCGCUCCAUCCACUGAGGCCAAGGCUACAGGCGAGAUUGACAUGCAGUCAGAUGGAGAGGCUUGA